AUGACCACACAGCCUCUCUCUUCACGCGUUUCGAAACGCCGUCGCAAUAGGGAUACGCCACCUCGUCCGCUCAACUCAUUCAUGAUAUAUCGACGUGAAUACCAAAAGAUGAUCAAAGAACAAAAUCCAAACAUCCUCCUCUCGGAACUCUCUCGAAUUUCGAAAUCUGCAGCCGACAAAUGGGCCAACGAGCCUCCGAGCAUAAAACAAAUAUACGCAGAAAAAGCACGGGCAGAGAAAGAACAACAUAUGAAAUUAUAUCCGAAUUACGUCUACUGCCCAAGGCGACCGACAAAGACAAAACCAAGAAAGAAAUCGACAUCCGAAGGUUCUUCAUCAGAGAAGAUGUCGGUCAACUUUUUGCUAAACGAUGACAACAAUUCAUUUCGAUCCUACAAUCACUCCUUCACAGCAACGAUAUCAUAA